AUGGAUGUAGCCAACUUUGAACAAUUUCUACAUGAGAGAAUAAAGGUCAGCGGCAAGACCAACAACUUUGGCAAUGAUCUGUCCAUAGAUAGACAGAAGAACAAGAUCACUGUUGUUUCAGACAUCCCGUUCUCCAAGAGGUAUUUGAAGUAUCUUACAAAGAAGUACCUCAAGAAGAACAACUUACGUGACUGGCUGCGAGUUGUAUCCUCAGCGCAGACCACUUAUGAGCUGCGGUACUUCCAGAUCAAUAAUGAAGAUGAAGAUGAGGAGGGAGAAGAUGAAUCUUGAUCAGAUUCAAAUUUGUAACUUUACAUGAAUGUCUUAAAUAAACAUGCCUGAAGCUUGUUCAA